CAUGCGCGGCGUCUCCGUCCGGGACCCCUGGUUCCCUGGCUCCUCCAAUGUGGGCAUCACAGGUGGCGAUUUUUGCUUCAAUGUCUUGAGGAUCUUGAUGACAGUCUACGAAAAUUAAACUCCAGUCUGUUCAUGAUUCGUGCACAACCAGCAGAUGUGUUUCCCAGGCUUUUCAAGGAAUGGAACACUACUAAACUUCCAAUUGAGUAUGAUCCUGAGCCCUUUGGCAAGGAACGAGAUGCCGCUAUUAAAAAACUGGCAACUGAAGCUGGAGUAGAAGUCAUUGUAAGAAUUUCACGUACAUUAUAUGACCUAGACAAGAUCAUGGAACUCAAUGUUGGACAACCGCCUCUAAUUAAAGGAAUCCAGACUCUCAUCAGCAAAAUGGAACCACUAGAGAUACCAGCUCGCUCGGUUACAACAAUUACUUCAGAAGGGAUAGAGAAGUGCACAACUCCUCUGUCUCAUGAUCAUAAUGAGAAAUAUGGAGUCUCUUCACUGGAGGAGCAAGGUUUUGAUACAGAUGGCUUAUCCUCUGCAGUGUGGCCAGGCGGAGAAACUGAAGCACUUACUCAUUUGGAAAGGCAUUUGGAAAGAAAAGCUUGCGUGGCAAACUUUGAAAGACCUUGAAUAAAUGCAAACUCUCUGCUUGCAAGCCCUACGGGACUUGGUCAUUAUCUCCAAUUUGGCUGUUUGUCAUGUCGACUGUUUUACUUCCAACUAACAGAUCUCUACCAAAAGGUAAAGAAGAGCAGUUCUCCUCCCCUUUCCCUUUAUGGGCAACUGCUAUGGCGUGAGUUUUUCUAUACAGCAGCAACAAAUAAUGUACGCUUUGAUAAAAUGGAAGGGAACCCUGUCUGUGUUCAGAUUCCUUGGGAUAAAAAUUCUGAGGCUUUAGCGAAAUGGGCAGAAGGCGGGACAGGCUUUCCGUGGAUUGAUGCCAUCAUGACUCAGCUUCCUCAGGAGGGCUGGAUUCGUCAUCUAGCCAGGCAUGCAGUUGCUUGCUUCCUGACACGGGACUUGUGGAUUAGUUGGGAAGAAGGAAUGAAGGUAUUUGAAGAAUUAUUGCGUGAUGCAGAUUGGAACAUAAAUACUGGAAGUCAGAUGUGGCUAUCUUGCAGUUCCUUUUUUCAACAGUUUUAUCACUGCUAUUGCCCUAUUGGUUUUAAUAGGAGAACAGAUCCUAAUGGAGACUAUAUCACGUGUUAUUUGCCUGUCCUAAGAGGCUUCCCUGCAAAAUAUAUCUAUGAUCCCUGGAAUGCACCAGAAGGUAUCCAAAAGGUAGCCAAAUGUUUGAUAGGAGUUAAUUAUCCUAAACUAGUGGUGAAGCAUGCUGAGGCAAGUCGUUUGAAUAUUGAAAGAGUGAAACAGACCUAUCAGCAGCUUUCACAAUAUAGAGGACUAGGUCUUCUAGCUUCAGUACCUUCUAAUCCUAAUAGGAAUGGAAGCUUCGUGGGAUAUUCUGCAGAAAAUACCCCUGGCUGUAGCAGCAGUGGAAGUUGCUCUCAAGGGAGUGGUAUUUUACACUGUGUCCAUGGCGACAUUCAGCAAACUCACCUAAGCGGGCUGUAAAGCAACCACUUGCUAGAGAUAUUUCCAUAAUUAAAAGGGAGCCAGUCCCAAUAGGGACUCUGCAUGGGGCCUCCAAUCCGACAUUUCCCCUCUAAGCUACCUUAACAGAGGUUCUCUGUGAGGGCUCCAUCCCUGUAGCAGGCUUCUGUCUGGACACCUAGCCCUUUCCCUAUGUCCUCUGAAAUCUAAGUGGAGGUUGCCAAGAUCUACCACACUUACAUUCUGUGCACCUGCAGGCUUAAUACCACAUGAAAGCCAUCAAAGCUGAUGGCUUACAUUCUCCA